UGCGGCCGGCGUCAGAGCGGAGCGACGCCAUCCCGGUGUAGGACCGCGACUGAGCCGAGGAAGUAGGAGUCCGCGGCGGGUGCCGGCGAAGGGAACGGACGGACGGAGCGACAAAGGGCGGCGGCGGGAUGGGCAGAGGCGGCGGCCCGUUCGAGCGGCUCCUCGACAAAGCAACGAGCCAGUUACUUCUAGAAACUGAUUGGGAAUCAAUACUACAGAUUUGUGACCUGAUUCGGCAAGGAGAUGCUCAGGCUAAAUAUGCAAUUGGUGCCAUCAAGAAGAAGCUGAACGACAAAAAUCCACACGUCGUCCUCUACACGCUAGAGGUUCUAGAAUCUGUGGUGAAGAACUGUGGCCAGACUGUUCACGAUGAGGUGGCUAAUAAACAGACAAUGGAGGACCUCAAAGAGCUGUUCAAGAAACAGACCGAGGCCAAUGUUCGGACCAAGAUCUUGCAGCUGAUCCAGGCUUGGGCACAGGCCUUUCGCAACGAGCCCAAGUAUAAAGUGGUGCAGGACACCUACCAGAUCAUGAAGGUGGAAGGCAACACCUUCCCAGAGUUUAAAGAGAGCGAUGCUAUGUUUGUUUCUGAAAGGGCUCCGGAUUGGGUGGAUGCUGAGGAAUGUCACCGGUGCAGAGUGCAGUUUGGAGUGGUUACAAGGAAGCAUCACUGCAGAGCAUGUGGGCAGAUCUUCUGUGGAAAAUGCUCCUCCAAGUCCUCCACCAUCCCCAAAUUUGGGAUCGAGAAAGAAGUCCGUGUUUGCGAGCCAUGCUUUGAGCAGCUGAACAAAAAGGAAGACCUUGACAGCAGUAACAUGAAAUCCGAAGUGAAGCCCACAGCCUCUGCACCAGUUGACCUACCCCCAGAGUACCUGACUAGCCCUCUGUCCCAGCAGUCGCAGUUGCCUCCCAAGCGUGAUGAAGCUGCCUUGCAGGAGGAGGAGGAACUCCAGCUCGCCAUAGCCCUGUCACAGUCUGAGGCCGAAGAGAAGGAGCGAAUGAGACAGAAAAACACUUACUCCAUGUACCCAAAGGCUGACCCAACGCCAGUCACAUCAUCAGCACCACCAGUCAGCAGUCUGUACUCAUCUCCAGUGAAUUCUUCUGCUCCGACAGCUGAAGAGAUUGACCCUGAGCUGGCUCGAUACCUGAAUCGCAACUACUGGGAGAAGAAGCAAGAGGAGGUUAGAAAGAGUCCUACCCCCUCGGCCCCUGUUUCUGUGGUGGAGUCAGCCACACAGCCUGUUGACACUCACCCAGCUCCCGUCACAGUAGUGGAGCAGUACCAGAACGGAGAGUCCGAGGAGAACCACGACCAAUUCCUGAAGGCGCUGCAGAACUCAGUGGUGACGUUUGUGAACAGGAUGAAGAGUAACCACGUGCGUGGCCGCAGCAUCACUAACGACACAGCGGUGCUGUCUCUGUUCCAGUCAAUCAACAGCAUGCACCCUCAACUGCUCGAGCUCCUGAACCAGCUGGAUGAGAAGCGCUUGUACUACGAAGGUCUCCAGGACAAACUGGCCCAGAUCAGGGAUGCACGAGGGGCCCUGAACGCUCUGCGUGAGGAGCACAGCGAGAAGCUGCGGCGAGCGGCCGAGGAAGCUGAACGCCAGCGGCAGAUCCAGUUGGCCCAGAAACUGGAGAUCAUGAGGCAGAAGAAGCAGGAGUACCUGGAGAUGCAGCGACAGCUGGCCAUUCAGAGGCUGCAGGAGCAGGAGAAGGAGCGGCAAAUGCGCCUGGAGCAGCAGAAGCAGACCAUUCAGAUGCGAGCACAGAUGCCAGCCUUCCCCCUGCCGUACGCACAGCUGCAGUCCAUACCCCCUGCUGGUGGUGUGAUGUAUCAGCCUUCAGGUCCGGCCAGCUUCCCAGCCACGUUCAGCCCGGCUGGUUCAGUGGAAGGAUCACCCAUGCACUCUGUGUACAUGAAUCAGACAGGACAACCUGGCACUGGACCAUAUCCCUCCAUGACCGUUUCUGGAGCAGAUCCAGCCAUGGUGAAUCCCUACAUGUACCAGGCUGCAGCUCCAACCAGCCAGACCACCCAGCAAGCCCAGGCAGUUCCCACGACAAAUCCCGGCUACUCAAGCUACCAACCUACCCCUACGCAGAACUACCAGAAUGUGGUAACCCAGGCACAAAACAUGCCAACUCUUCCCCAGCCUCAAUCGGGUGGACUGGGUUACAUGGGAUCCCAAUCUGUUCCAAUGGGCUACCAGCCAUAUAACAUGCAGAAUAUGAUGUCGGCGCUCCCAGCUCAAGAUCCCUCCAUGAGCAACUUGCCGCCACAGCAGUCUUACCUCCCCGCUCAGCAGCCGAUGUACCAGCAGAUGGCCCCCCCCGGAGCUCCGCAGCAGCAACAGCCGCAGCAGCCGCAGCCACCGCCGCAGGUUCAGCAGCAGCCAGGCUCCGAGGCGCAGCUCAUCUCAUUCGACUGACUCUCUCGCUGUGGGUGAAGGAGGUUGGGGGAGGGAGGGUCGCCCUUGCACUGGGGCUUCUCGUUGCCAGUUAAUUAUUGGAGGGGAGCAAAGGAGGAAGGUUGGGUCUGUGUGACACCACAUGUUGGAUUAAUGUUGCUUUUACACGCUGGCUCCCCUCAACUUCCUGAGCCCUGUGGAAAGCUUGGACGCUGCCUAGCCAUCUCUGACCGCACCAUGAGCCUUCUCGGUGUUUUGACAGCAAAGAAGUAAAACAUCCUCACAGUCACUUCAGGCACUGACUGUCUUUCGCCAGUCAUCAGGAGCCCGCCUCAGUUGGGAAGGAUUCUGGAUUGUUGGGGGGGUGGUUGAGAGUGCAGAUGUGUCCAGACCAGGCUUCCACCUUGCGAGUGAAAAUAUUCCCUCCUUUUCCUCCUGCCCAUGCUUCUGACGGCCAUCGGUAACUGUCCACACUCUCAGUAGCUUCGUCCCAAACUACUGGAGCAUGUCCCGUUUGUGUCAUUCACACAAAAAUGGCAGAACAAUAAGGUGUAAAGUGGUGAAUGGAGUGAGGCUGGGCCCCUUACCCCACACACAUCCCCAUUUGCUCCUUCCUCUCACCACUUCAGCUGCUUUUUGUAAUCACCUUGUUCUUUAUAUAGUGGAUAUUCAGCUCACUUUUAUCCUUCCCUUCCCACCAUCUCCAUCUCCACUGCCCUUGUCCCAGCCCUGUGAAUGAGGGCCUGCUCGGAUCGCUGCUGUGGUAUCCAACCCUGAGGCAAACAGACUGUCUACACAACUCUCUCUGUUGGGGCUACUUCACAAUGGUGCAUUUGUACCUGCUGCCAGUCUGAGCAUCCAAGCAGCAAGACUCCCAGCUGUUGUCUGCUGAUUAACAAGCUGCAAUUAUGCCUUGCUAAGAAGGGUAGUGUGUCUUAUUGAAUGAGGCAGCUGAACACCUUGCACAACACUGGAUAGCUGGCACUUCUGAUCAACUCGGACAGUGUUCACAUACAGCGAAGCACAGCCUUCAUUUUAUUAGACACAUUACCUUUGUUGAGCAAGGUGCAACAAUGCCUUGGUAACCAGCAGAACACCAGCCACUGUCUAGGCUUAACCACUGUGAAUCUGCUGGGGAGAUGCCUGUUUGUGUUAAAUCACAUGUGCAAAAUUCUCCCAUCUGUAAACUGUUGGCAGUUGUCCUGGUAAAAUUCUUGUGCCUCACCUAGUGGCUAGCCUGUUCACUACAAUAAAAUGUUAGACAGUGAAACCCCCAAGAGAUGGUGUUUGGUGUCCAGCCCCUUGAUAUUCGUUGAUAGAACACAGGAGCCAGAACACAGUGAUGUGGAGGCUGUGCUGAUUACACUGCUUCUCAACUGUCUGUUCUUUUCUUACAGAAAGCCAAAAGCAACUGCUCUUAUAAUCUCGGUUGGGUUGACAGUGAAGACGGAGUGCUCAUGACAAUUGGUGCAAGUUAAUUAAGAACGCAUUCUAACUGUCCAUACAUUAAACUGAAUUCUGAUGUGUGUGUGUGUCUUCAGAUCCAAGUGGAACUAAAGAAUCAAUCACCUUAAAUAGCAACCCAAUCCUUUGGCCUAAAUAACAGAUGGACAUUGUAAUUGGCUACUUAGAGUAACUGUUUGCUGAUCUGCCAUAUACUGUCCUCCCUACUGGAGCCACAGGCACUUUACAGUGGAAAUGAAUGAUCUCUGUGAAUUGUCACUACAUUGUAACUGGGUCUUGUAUAAUUAGGCUUAAUUGAAACUAUAAUCCAUGUAGCUGAUUGUAUAUUGUGCUGUCACUCUCUGGUGUAUGUUCAUGUUCUUUACAGCAUAAAAGCUAAAAAUCUAA